UGACGCCCUCCCCCGCCGAUAUACCUAUGCGCCUGUCCCGUCCCUCCUCGGGCACCACUCGCCCUUGCCCCUCCCCUCCUUUCCCCCGGCAGCCGUGACUCGCCACGCCCCAAGAUCGCCAUGGCUCAAGAGCUGAUCCGCCUGGAAAGCCUAGAAGGCCGACUGCUCUUCGCAGUCCCCAAGAAGGGCCGCCUCCUGCAAGCGAGCUUGAACCUCCUCGAGGGGGCCGACAUUCAGUUCAAGCGUGAGAACCGGCUCGACAUCGCGCUGGUGAAGAACCUGCCCAUCGCGCUCGUGUUCCUCCCCGCCGCCGACAUCCCUACCUUCGUCGGCGAGGGCCGCGUCGACCUGGGCAUCACGGGCCACGACCAGGUGCAGGAGCACGACGCCGGCGUGCGCGCGCUCGCCCGAGCCCGCCGCAUGAGCAACGAGUGGGACACCAACGCGGCCCCCGCCAACGGCAAGCCCCAGGGCUGCGAGAUCGUCAUGGACCUCGGCUUCGGCGUCUGCCGCCUGCAGGUCCAGGUGCCCGCCAAGGGCGAGUACCAGCAGAGCAGGGACCUGAUCGGCAAGAACAUCGGCACCAGCUUCGUGCACCUGGCGCGCGAGUACUUUGCCCGGCUGGAGCUGGAGCAGGACGGCGUGACGGACCCGGCCCUGGCCGAGGGGAGGAAGCUGCGGACCAAGAUCAUCGAGCUCAGCGGGAGCGUCGAGGCGGCGUGCGCGCUGGGCGUGGCGGACGGUAUUGUUGACUUGGUCGAAUCCGGCGAGACAAUGAAGGCGGCCGGGCUCAAGGCGAUCGACACGGUGACCGAGACGUCGGCGAUCCUGAUCAAGUCCAAGGCGCCCAGCAACCCGGCGCUGGUCGACCUGAUCGCGGCGCGCAUCGGCGGCGUCAUCACGGCCCAGAAGUACGUGCUCUGCCAGUACAACGUGCCGCGGGAGAGGCUGCCCGAGGCCACCAAGAUCACGCCCGGCAAGCGCGCCGCCACCGUCAUGUCGCUCGACGAGGAGGGCUGGGUCGCCGUCAGCGCCAUGGUGGAGAAGAAGCAAGUCGCCACCGUCAUGGACGAGCUCGUCACCGUCGGCGCGACCGAUGUCUUGGUGCUGGACAUCCACAAUACCCGGAGUACCUAGGUAGCUGGUCGGGGAGGGUGAGGACGGGUUGGAAGAGAGGGCUUGGUUAGGAUAGAGAAAAUUCAGCAAGGGAGUUAGUUGGUGACUUCCUUUUAAGAAGCAUUCCGUCGGCGAACGCUUUUACCGCAUGAUCUCCAAGGCCGUUGUGGUGAGUGACCGGGCGUUCAUAUUCAUAUCCAGUAUGUGUGUACAGUAUCAGUCUUUGUGUGCAUUCCUCCCCUCGAACCAGAGAUAGGGGUAUCAAAAUCAGAGACGGAGCGGUGCUGUUCCUCCCC